GUGGCACGAGAGCCCUCAACGAUAAUGCGAAGACAACCACUUUGAGUUCUACCAAAGUCUUAGCUGACAAGUACACCAACAUUGAUGGAGUAAAGAAUCUGCUCAAAUUUAAAGGAGGUCAAAAUGGCAUUUGAUAGGCAUCCCAGCGCAUCUGCAUAUUCACUCUUUCCCUCAUUACAGCGCCAGGCCAGUGGAAGUGGAGGGGUUGGAAACACGGGCAACUUGGCAUCGACAGCCGUUUCACACCCCAGUGUGUUAAUGCAAGAACAACUCAGACCAUCCAUUAUCCAUCAUCAAGGUGCUCAUGAAGAUCCCUUUGGCCUUGUCAGUUGUGCCCUGAGCAAUGCCAAAAGCAGGAAACCUACAGAUAACACUGACUGUGAUGGGGAGACUGGCCUACAGCAUCUUGUCUCAAAUAUUUUGGAUGAAGCUGAUUUGCAGGACAAUUUCUUCAGCAAUGGGAGCCAUCCUACCAGUAAUCCAGUCUGGUCCCCACUGGCAGAAGAACUAUUGGAGUAUUCUCAAACAGAAGCAAAAACACAACCGAAUUAUAUUUUUCCUAUCAACCAUGCAACUUUUGAAGCUUUAGGUAAAACACAGGGACAAUCAGUCUACAAGGAUUUGGAAAAGUUUGUUCAGCAUCACAAUGGCAUCACUGCAAAUCAGCAGUGGCUUCUUAAUUUGCCUAAUGGAGAUGGAGACAGCUAUGCUCAACCUCCUAAGAAACAGCCCUCAGGUCAACCAGUGCCCAACACCAGAGACAAUUAUCUGUCCCAGAUACAACAAAGCAAACAUGGCUGCACAGUGCCUUUUAAAGACAGGGGGAAUGGUCAGCAGAAGAACCACUUCCCUAAUCUCAGUAAUAUCUUGAGAUCUGAAAGUGAAAAAAGCGGUCUGUGUUCUCCUCCUUAUUAUGAAAACCACUUCAACCGGAGCAGUGCAAAGACCAGCACUAAUGAUGAGUACACUGAAAAAGACAUCAACCAACUGGUCAACAGUUUGCAGUCAUUCAUGUCUGUUGAGGAUGAUGGCUUGUACUGUGGUGACUUUCCAAACAUGCAAAGGCAGUCAAUGCCCAUGCACUAUGAUGACACUAUGGGUGAACAAUGCAAAAUCACCACUCCUGCAAUGUCAUUACCAAGCACUCCUGGACUACAGGCUCAAAGGCCGCUGGGGAGAAAAUUUGAGUCCGAGUGGAUGGAAAGAAAUGGAGGAGCAAAUAACCAAACAUUAAAUUAUCAUGCCCUCCUAGAUCUACCUGGUGUCAGCCCUCAAAACACAGACCACUUUGAGCAACAGAAUUCAAUCUUUGCAUCUUCAUAUUGCCAAAACCAACACCUAAACAAGAUGACCAUGCACAGACAAAAUGCUUCCAUCCCAAACAUAAGCAUAAACAAGUUCACAAAGCAGCACAUCCAGCAGGCUAGGAUGGAGGGAAAGACCAAGCCAGCAAUGCAGGAGCAAAAGAAGAGGAACCUAAUGUCUACUUUUCUGCGAGAAGGCAUCCCAGCAACCACAUCCCCAACCAGCACUGACUUGAGAGGAGAUGACAGACAGGGCCUCUCACAAAACCCUUUUUUUGAGCCCAUGGAGAACCUGCAGUUUAAGAGAAGUGAUGAAGAAAAUAGCAUCUUUGGUGUCGGGAAUACACAGCAGCUCCUGCCUUUAAUUUGCCCUGUAAAUGAUUUGAGAAGGAUGUCGAGCGUUGCCAUCAACUCCUCCAACAACUUUAGCUCAAGGUCCACACUGUGCUAUGGAAGAGCUGCUCCUUGCAUGGACACUGUUGAUAUGUGGUCAGCCAGUGAUUGGUCUUUCAAAUCCAGUGCUAAUGUCACGAUGGCCCACAAUAGAGAAAACACUUACCAUUGUGUGGCCCCCACAAUGACUACUUCAAUGAUGAUGCAUCAAGGAGGACCUGUGUUCCAGCUUAACUUGAUCCUGGAUGAGUGCUUUGAGCAGUGGAAGUGUUUGGAGAAGGAGCGAGAGAAGGCACAGGCUAUCCUGUCCAUGACAUUCCAUGGCAAAAAGACUGCAGCAGUGAUCAACACUAACAUGUGCAAAACCCCAGCAAACCCAUCAAGAGUUGACCACCUGAUUGUCAAGCAAAUGAGAGAACAAGCCAGGGUUGCAAGUCUUCUUGAUAAAAUGGAGAGUCUUCACAACAUUUCCUUCCAUACAAACAUCCACACAAUACUAAACAUGCAUAAUACGGCAGUCUGCAUCACCCAAGCCAGACGCAAGGAAGAGAUUGCCAACAUGUCAAAACACAAGAGUCAGAGAGCUCAUUUCACAGAGGAAAGAGAUACAGUGCUGUUGGCAGUUGCACUGAAAGACCUUGCUGUUACCACAAGGAAGCUCCGCACAGCCCUGUGGUGUGCUCACCAGAUGACACUCCCAAAACCUGUGAGGAAGCAGGAGCAACAGGCUGCCCAGGAUGCCACACACACAAGGAGGAGCCCCUCUCCAUUCAAGGGAUACUCUUUUUAGUAUAAGCCUGAGAAGGCACUUACCAUGAGUUUAAAGUCCUUUUUUCCAAAACAAGACCAAAACACAUGAGUUAUAAAUUUACCAAAGGCAGCAGAGGAAUCUGAAAAGAGUUCUUACUGUAUUUCCUACCUGCAAGUCUAUUAACAUUUUACCUGCAAUCAUUGCAGAAUAUAUGAGAUUAGCAAUUUAAAGCUUGAUGGCUGCCCUUUAUAGUGCUCAAGAGCAUCAGCUAAGUUUUGGUGGGAAGGAAUUGCAUGAACUAUUAUGCAUGCUACUGCAUCUUAACUUUAUUUCGUACAAUUAGUGUCAGUUCUAAGUUAAUGUGCGUUUUCACCACCCUACAGUCAUAUUUAAAGGCACUAUUUAUGAGGAAGAUCUCUGUGGACUUCUUGUUUUACUCUACUUUGUUCUGUGUAUUUCCCAAACAACAGUUUAAUCAUUAGGGCAAUGGUCUAAAAUUAAUGUGCUAUGCACUCUUGAGGUGUUCUUUUUCUUUCUGUAGCUUCAGUCCUUAAAAUAUUGUGACAAAAAACAAAACAAAUAACCAAACAUUAUUUAUGUGCUUUUUAGGGAAGUUUUAACUUAUACUUGAUACGGAUACUCACACUUCUUCGAGUUCAGUGCUUUCAGUUCAUUUUGAUUAAUCACACACCCUCUGACAAAUAUAGAAGUUCAAUACUAUCAGUGAAAUGUUGUAUAGCUAAAUAAGAAUGUUUCAGUGUUUUAAUCUAACAUAAAAUAUAAAAUUCCCUUUGAAAUGGUUACAUUUAUUCUUACACUUGUAUUUUUCCUGUUAUAACUCACUAUGUAGGAAUAAAGUUGUUUUAUCUGCAGUGUCAAAGUUUAAAUGUUCUCUAAUGGAAUUCAAUCUUUAAAAGUCCAGUGUUAAAGUUAAUGAAUCACACUUACCAUCCUGUUAUUUGGGAUUAAUAGUGUAGUCAAAUAUUCUUCUGAUCAGUGGGACAGCUUGUCUAGCUACAGCCUGUA